AUGCAACCGGCUGCAGGUGAUCGAUCAGGCACACCCCCGAAGAUCAAAGCCAGACUCUCUUCCGUCUUCUCUCCCUCUCUCUCUAUAUACACACCACACUCUCCCGACCGUGAAAGGAACUUCAUUUUCUCUCAAAAGCCCCUUUUGCCGAUAGCAAGAGAGUGGAAAGGAUGGAAUCUUCUUCUGUUGAACUGCAGAACACUGUAAAAGAAGCCCUAAACGCUCUCUACCACCAUCCAGAAGACUCCGUACGGUUGGAGGCCGAUCAAUGGCUACAACGCUUCCAGCGCACCAUCGACGCUUGGCAGGUCUCUGAUAAUUUACUCCAUGAUGCCAGCAGCAACCUAGAAACUGUCAUCUUUUGUUCUCAGACUCUUAGAAGCAAGGUACAAAGAGAUUUCGAAGAGCUACCUUCAGAAGCCUUUUGUCCUUUACGUGAUUCCUUAUAUACCUUGCUGAAAAAAUUACAUAAUGGGCCCUCCAAAGUUCGAACACAGAUUAGCAUUGCUGUGGCAGCUUUGGCUGUACAUGUUCCUGCAGAAGACUGGGGAGGUGGUGGUGUUUUGAGUUGGCUGCGAGAUGAGAUGAAUUCACAUCCAGAAUGGAUACGGAGUUUCCUGGAGUUGCUCACUGUAUUACCGCAGGAGGCAUUCAACUACAGGAUAGCAGCUCGCCCAGAAAGACGCCGCCAAUUUGAGAAGGAGCUUUCUUCUUUAUCUGAAGUUGCUCUUAAUCUUUUGACUGCUUGUUUGGGCCAUAAUGAAUUGAUGGAACAGGUUCUGGAGGCCUUUGCUUCUUGGCUUCGGCUAUGCCAAGGGAUCCCUGCUUCUACACUUGCUUCUCACCCUCUGGUGUUCGCAGCUCUUUCUGGUCUAAAUUCUGAGCAGCUUUUAGAGGCAUCAGUAAAUGUUGUCUCUGAAUUGAUACACUACACAGUAUCAGAGCGGUCCGGCGGUCUUUCUAUGCAGAUGCCUUUAGUUCAAGUACUUGUGCCUCGGGUGAUGGGUCUGAGAGAGCAGCUUAAAGAUUCUUUGAAGGAUGAGGAAGAUGUGAAGGCCAUGGCUCGAUUAUUUGCUGAUAUGGGGGAUUCGUAUGUGGAAUUGAUUGCGACUGGUUCUGACGAGUCGAUGCUAAUAGUGCAAGCAUUACUUGAAGUUGCUUCACACCCAGAAUAUGACAUUGCUUCAAUGACAUUUAACUUCUGGCACAGCCUUCAGGCUAACUUAACUGGAAGGGAAUUCUAUUCAUCAUAUGGGACUGAAGCAGCUAUCGAAGCAGAGAGGAGCCGGAGGCUACAAAUUUUCCGUCCGGCAUUUGAAUUACUUGUAUCUUUGGUGAGCUUCCGAGUCCAAUAUCCAACUGAUUAUCAGGACCUUUCAAAAGAGGACCUCAAGGAUUUUAAGCAGACCAGAUAUGCUGUUGAGGAUGUCUUAAUGGAUGCAGCAUCAGUUUUAGGUGGCGAUCCAAUACUGAGGAUUCUAUUUAUGAAGCUUGUACAGGCUGUAGGUAGCUGUAGAAGUGAUGAGUCCUGUGAAUGGCGUCCAGCAGAAGCUGCUCUAUAUUGUAUAUGGGCGAUAUCCAAAUCUGUUUCUUUCACUGAAGCUGAAAUAAUGCCCCAGGUUAUGGCAUUGCUUUCAAAACUUCCUCAUCAACCUCAAUUACUCCAAACAGCUUGCUUAAUAAUUGGAGCAUAUUCCAGAUGGAUCAACGCUGCACCAGCUGAACUAUCCAUCUUACCUUCAAUUAUAGAGACUCUUACAAGAGGCAUGAGCACAUCUGAAGAUUCAGCAGCCGCUGCAGCUGUGGCGUUUAGGCAUGUUUGUGAUGCAUGCCGGAAGAAGCUUUGUGGAUCACUAGAUGGUCUCUUCCAUAUCUACCAUCAGGGGGUCAGUGGGGAAGGGGGUGGCUAUAAACUCUCUCCUGAGGACUCCUUGCAUUUAGUUGAAGCCUUGAGUAUGGUUAUUACGGAACUUCCACCAGACCAUGCAAAGAAGGCCCUGGAGAUGUUGUGCCUGCCAGCUGUGGCUCCUUUGCAGGAAAUCAUUAAUCAAGGUUCAGGAAUGUUGCAGCAAGUAGUUGCCCGUCAGUUCACUGUUCAUAUUGACCGACUUGCAACUAUUUUUAGGCAUGUAAAUCACCCUGAAGCUGUAGCUGAUGCAAUUCAGAGGUUAUGGCCAAUUCUUAAAGCGAUCUUUGAUCAUCGUGCCUGGGACAUGCGAACCAUGGAAUCCCUAUGCCGAGCGUGUAAAUACGCUGUGAGGACUUCUGGAAAGUUCAUGGGAGUCACGAUUGGAGCAAUGCUAGAGGAGAUCCAAGGCCUAUAUCAGCAACACCAUCAGCCGUGCUUUCUUUAUCUUUCAAGUGAAGUCGUAAAGAUAUUUGGGUCUGAUCCUGCCUGCACGACCUACCUUGGAAGCUUAAUUGAAGCGCUCUUUGGUCAUACAACACAUCUCCUAAUGACAAUUCAGGAUUUCACUGCAAGACCAGAUAUUGCAGAUGAUUGCUUUUUGCUUGCAUCUAGAUGUAUUCGUUACUGUCCUCAUAUAUUUGUCUCCUCCUCUAUUUUCCCAUCAUUGGUUGACUGUUCUAUGAUCGGGAUCACCAUACAACACAGAGAUGCUUGCAAUUCCAUAUUGACAUUCUUAUCUGACGUCCUCGAUCUCACAAACUCUUCUGUGGGGGAGCGGUACCGACCUAUCAUAGAUGGUGUGAUUGUUCCUCGCGGUGCGAGUCUCACCAGAAUUUUGAUAGCUUCAUUAACUGGGGCGCUUCCAAGUUCUCGAUUAGAGGAGGUGACUUAUGUACUGCUAGCUCUAACGAGAACGUACGGCAUCAAGGUGUUGGAAUGGGCCAAGGGAAGCGUUUCAUUAAUCCCAUCGACAGCCGUGACCGAAGUUGAGCGCUCGAGCUUUCUCAACGCUUUGAUGGAAGCUGCAUCAGGUUCAGGUAUUUCCUCCCUAACGGCUCCCAUCAGGGAGCUGUCGGAAGUUUGCCGUCGCAACAGAUCGGUCCAUGAGAUAGUCCAAGGAGCUUUGAGGCCUCUCGAUUUGAAUUUCACUGUUGUAUCAUCCUAGUAGAAGACAGCGAACAAUCAAUGGCUAUGAUCUGAAGAAAUCACAAGUUUUUGCCUCCCCCAUACCUCUCGUGAUUGUGUAUUAUCGUGAUCUUUUUUUUCUUUUUUCUUUUUUUCUUUUUUUUUUUUCCAGAGUCGGGUGCGAGUGGUGAUGUCAUGUGUUAUAUGUGAGGUGUAGGCUCUUGAGUUCUUUCGAUUUAAAAAAGAAAGGAAGCUCAUGACAUCCCCCAUUUUAAUGAAAGAGGGGGAGGAGGGGAUGGAAAUCUUCCUUUGUAUUUUUAAUCAUUUCCCAUUAUUACAUUGAUGUUAUUGAUUUUUAUUUUUUUUUCCAUUUACAGAACAUAUAUUUGUUUUUGUUCAUUUAUCUCUGUUUUAUUGUCUCUUA